AUGAGGACUCUGAACACCUCCGCCGCCUCCACCAUGGACAGGGCCGGGCCGGCUGGGCAGCGGGACUUCUCCUUCCGCCUGCUGACCGCCUGCUUCCUGUCGCUGCUCAUCCUGUCCACGCUGCUGGGCAACACGCUGGUGUGCGCCGCCGUCGUCCGCUUCCGGCACCUGCGGUCCAAGGUGACCAACUUCUUCGUCAUCUCCCUGGCCGUGUCGGACCUCCUGGUGGCCGUCCUGGUCAUGCCCUGGAAGGCCGUGGCCGAGAUCGCCGGCUUCUGGCCCUUCGGCGCCUUCUGCAACGUGUGGGUGGCCUUCGACAUCAUGUGCUCCACGGCCUCCAUCCUCAACCUGUGCGUCAUCAGCGUGGACCGCUACUGGGCCAUCUCCAGCCCCUUCCGCUACGAGAGGAAGAUGACGCCCCGGGCGGCCUUCAUCCUCAUCGGCGUGGCCUGGACCCUGUCCGUGCUCAUCUCCUUCAUCCCCGUGCAGCUCAGCUGGCACAAGGCGAGGCCCGCCGCGGCCGGCCCCGCCGAGGGCAACGCCACGGCCCCCGGCGGCGAGGCGGCCGACAACUGCGACGCCAGCCUGAGCAGGACCUACGCCAUCUCCUCCUCCCUCAUCAGCUUCUACAUCCCCGUGGCCAUCAUGGUCGUCACCUACACCCGGAUCUACCGCAUUGCUCAGAAGCAGAUCCGCCGAAUCUCCGCCCUGGAGCGGGCGGCCGUCCACGCCAAGCACUGCCAGGCCACCGCGGGCAACGGGAGGCCGGCCGAGGGCGCGCCGCCCGAGAGCUCCUUCAAGACGUCCUUCAAGCGGGAGACCAAGGUGCUGAAGACGCUGUCGGUGAUCAUGGGCGUGUUCGUGUGCUGCUGGCUGCCCUUCUUCGUGCUCAACUGCAUCGCGCCCUUCUGCGGGGCCGGCGAGACCCAGCCCUUCUGCAUCGACGCCCUCACCUUCGACGUGUUCGUGUGGUUCGGCUGGGCCAACUCCUCCUUGAACCCCAUCAUCUACGCCUUCAACGCCGACUUCCGGAAGGCCUUCUCCACCCUCCUGGGCUGCGACAGGCUCUGCCCCGCGGCGGGCAACGCCAUCGAGACGGUCAGCGUCAACAACAACGGGGGCGCGGCGCUCUCCAGCCACCACGAGCCGCGGGGCUCCAUCCCCAAGGACUGCAGCGCGGUGUACCUGAUCCCGCAGGCUGUGGGCGCCCCGGGGGGCCCGCGGAAGGAGGAGGCGGGCGGGACGGCCGGGCCCCCCGACAGGCUGUCCCCGGCCCUGUCUGUCAUCUUGGACUACGACACGGACGUCUCUCUGGGGAAGAUCCAGCCCCUCACACAGAACGGACAGCACCCCACCUGA